CUACUCGACACCAUUGUCAAACUCAGAUAUACCACAACAGCUUGCACAGAAGGCUGAGACUUUGCAAAGCAAUUUCAUAGGGUCCAUUUGGUGAAGUUGGUGAGUAUUGGACUUCGAAGUACCCUCGCAUACACGUCGACUCACAUUGAUGCAACCUAAACUUUUUCCCUUUAACCACUCACGUACACCAUUUCCUAAGCUUAUCUAUUGUAACAUCUCUAUUGGUUUAUAUGCUAAUUACCGCUUUCGAACAUCUCUUUCACUUCAAGACUCAUACUCUAGCCUAAAAUGGCGACCGGAGAUAACAGCCAGACUGGACCUUCUCAUGCCAACGCCCCCAAAAGUGGCGAAACCUCGGCGAAUACAGUCUUAAUUAGUGCCAUGAGCGACCAAGCAAGUACAGGGCCUAGCGAUAUCGUCUACACGCCUCCCGAAUCUGUUACCAGCAUAGCUUCCUCAAUCGGAAGUGACAACACCUCAGUAACGACCCUACCAAAUGCAAAUGCACCGACACGUCAGGGCGUCUCCGGUGCAGCUUCAAACAUCAGCAAGCGCGAAUACAUCUACUUUCUCCCAUACCCCCUCCCACCCGGCACCGAGGUCCCCUACUCCAUCCACCUCCCCGAGAAAAACCCACUGAACCUUCCCUCUCACCAGUUCGAGCCUACAAACACCCUCGUUCUAACCAGUCCCCUCCGCACCUUUGUCGACAUCCGCAUCUACAAAGCCUUCACCACAUCCACCACAUCCUCCCCAAACAGCAUCGACCAAGGCUCCCAGCAACGCCUCGAAUGGGCAUUCGCCGGUACCUCGACAUCAGUGCCUAUACAGCCAUCCAGCGCAUCCCACAGCGGGACCCAAAAGCCACAAGAAGACGAAGAGUGGGAAAACGUAACACAUUCUACAUGGAAGCACUGGCUCGAUUCACGCUACAGCGUCGGUGACCCGAAUAUCCCAGUUGAUGAGGGAGAUAUGUAUCCCCUGUCUGAAGAGCUGACGCUUGAAGUGGGACAUGCAUAUCAUCCAGCACUUGAGGCGGUAAAGACGCAUGAGGAGAUGUGGCGGGACGAAGAGAUAAAAUCGACAUCUUUACCUACAACUGGUAAGGAAGAAAAGAAACUUUGUGUUGUACUGCGGUGCCACGAUGAUGCUGCGGGGGUUCGAGGCGUGAUUGUACGUGUGGGACAGCAUGUACAGGGUAUACUGAUGCAAGGGGAUAAGACGACGGUGGAGCGCUGGGAGUGGGCGGCGGAGAAUGAGGGGGUGGAUGAGAUUGCGAAGUGGCAGAGAACUGUGAGGAUUGGCGAGGCGUUUUUGCCUUGUGCGGUGUGUUUCCGGGAUGCGGUUCUAGCAGUUGGAGGGAAGGUGCGGUUUGGAGAGUUUGAAUGGGUGUCGAAAGAUAAUUCGAAUACUUGAAUGAAAUCUGGCAAGGUAG